AUUUUUAAAAAACUUCAAGUGUAAUUUUUAAUUAAUAUUUUUUUGUUCCAAUUUAAUAAAUUAAAAAAAAAUUAAAAUCAUCAACAUACCAGCACUGUACGCCUAACCUAAGUCGACUUUAUACUUUCCAAACAAAAAACAAAUAUAUAACAAAUAGCCGUGAGCAGUAUUUUAUUUAAUUAUCAACUUAAUAAACAGAAAAAUAAUCAUUAUGAAGACUGCACCGCAUCAAAGAUUGGUUAUGGUUGGUGAUCGUGAUGGACUGAAAGAGCUCCUAAGACGGCGCCUUGUUGAAUGCGGAUGGCGUGACCAAGUUAAAAUAAUUUGUAAGGAAUUGAUCAAAGAAAAAGGAAAUGAUAUCACCUAUGACAGCAUGCUGUCAACUGUAACCAGCAGAGCCCGCACUCAUGUUCCUGAUUCGGUUAAAAAAGAGUUAUUGCAAAAAAUAAAAAGUCAGUUGAUGGCUCAAGAGGAGAAGUUAAAGAUUUAAGUGCUUAAUAUUUAAUUUAGUAUUUAAUAUCGAAUUGUUAAUAAGUUUUUUUCUUACUACCAACUAAAUAAUGUUAAGUUUCAUUUUUAUUAACUGUUGUUAAUUUAUUA